AUGGAAGAUAGAAAUAAUGUCACUGAAUUUAUUCUCUUGGGACUUUCAACGAACAAGAAACUUCGGAUCCUCUGCUUUUUAUUUUUCUUACUCUGCUAUCUGGCUAUUUGGUUGGGGAAUUUGAUUAUCCUGAUUUCUAUCACAGGGAGUCAGCUAGUCAACCAGCCCAUGUACUUCUUCCUUAAUUUUCUUGCCGUCUCAGACCUUUUCUACACCUCCACCGUGACGCCCAAACUCAUGUCCAAUUUAAUAACAGAGAAGCAGGUCAUUUCUUAUAACAACUGCAUGACCCAGCUUUUCACCACACACUUCUUUGGGGGGAUAGAGGUAUUUAUUCUCACAGGAAUGGCCUAUGACCGCUAUGUGGCCAUCUGCAAGCCCCUCCACUAUUCCAUUAUCAUGAACCGGCAAAGGUGUAACUCCAUUCUCAUAGCGUCUUGUGCAGGGGGGCUUCUGCAUGCCCUUGGCCUGUUUCUUCUUACAAUUUUUUUACCAUUCUGCGGCCCCAAUGAAAUUGAUCACUAUUUCUGUGAUGUGUAUCCUUUGUUGAAACUGGCCUGCACUGAUACACACAACAUUGGUUUUUUAGUCAUUGCCAAUUCCGGUUUGAUGGGACUGGUAAUCUUCGUGGUGCUGAUGGCCUCUUACUUUCUGAUAUUGUACAACGUCCGAGCAUGUUAUGCAGAAAGCCGCCGCAAAGCUCUUUCCACCUGUAGUUCCCACAUCACUGUUGUGAUCCUGUUUUUUGCACCUGUCAUCUUUGUUUACAUUAGACCGGCCACGACUUUACCAGAAGAUAAAGUGUUUACACUCUUCUACACGAUUAUUGUUCCCAUGCUCAACCCUCUCAUCUACACACUUAGAAACACGGAGAUGAAAAAUGCCAUAAAGAGUGUUUGCUGCAGUGAAAGGUUUUGGGAAGGGAAGCUCACGACUUGA